AUGGUCACAGGAAAUGGAGACUUUCGCUAUCCGCCGCCCCCUACUGGCGCGCAUGAUAUCCCUAGCCGACGCCGAAUCCCGAAUCCACCCCGCCUAGAUCCUCUGAGACUCAACCCUCCCUUCCCACGACCUGCCACGGCGGACGGCCUUCGGCCUCCCUUCUCGACUCACCCACCACCUCCUGUGCCUCGUUCCCCUCGAACUCGUCCACCAAUCCCGCCGCCGUCCGAUCCCUCAUGGGGCUCGGUUUCUCCCUUACCUGUGGAGGAUGAUGGCUUCGUCAUUCGCCAGCAGGCUUACCGCUCCCCCACCUUUCCUCUGCAGCCGCCGGCUCGCUCUAGGGCGGCCCCCCCAAGAGAAGGGGAGGUCGAUCGUCCACCUUACCGGACGGCCCCGCCUGGUCCAGUAGGGUUGCGCACGUCCAAUUCCACGUCGAAACUACAUAACAUGCGUCCGUACCCUCAUCGCAGUCGAGAGCGCCUGCCAGACGAAUCCACCGGACUGACAUUGCCUCGAAUCAUCCCCCCUGGGACAUACGCAGAGAUGCGCGGACAAGAUGCUCUUCGUUCCAGCGUGAACUCGGCCAUGACGUCGCGGUCGAGCAUCGAACAUGCCAGCGGAACCGAACGGAGCAGUGUCCUCACCAAGAGUAGCUCCAUCACCGACCUGUCGCCUGACACCCCGGAUGGCUCCUACGAUAAGGAGGGCGGCAUGAGUGUGGAGGAUGCGAUCUCGAUGUAUCUCGAUGGCUUCAGCGAUGUUACAGAGGAGCCCGGGUCACCAGGGAUGUACGAUUCGUCGGGCUUUUAUGACGAGGGCAAGGCCAGACCGUUGAGCCCACGUCCGCCGACAGAGAUCACCUUGGAUGAUUGCCAUAGCUCUGACGAGCAUUCUCCUGAAUUGGAGCCCACAGAAGACGUCGCGCCCGUCCCACCACUUCCAGAGUUGGAGGCCCAUGGGAGAAGCUCCCCUGAUGAGGAAUUUCUGGGCGAGGCUGUUUCCUCUAAACAGCUGCCGGACCCCCCUUCCGAACGCAAACUCUUGGACCAGCCUGUUGCACAGGAGCAGGAAACCACAGUCGUCAUUCCUGGCAUUGUGCCACCGCCAUUGCUACCCGGCACUGGCGCCCGGGACUGCUAUGGUUUCCGGAAGGCGACCCACCACGUCACACUCGACCAGUACGAAGCGUGGCACGGUCAGUAUGCUGAUUACGCCUCUCACCGGAGAACUAAAUGGGUGGAGCUGCUCAGAGAGAGUCGACUGCCUGUCACUGAGCCGACGCAUUUCCCUCCGAAAUCGAACAAGAUCAAACGGUUUGUGCGCAAGGGAAUUCCAUCCGAAUACCGCGGUGCAGCCUGGUUCUACUAUGCCGGAGGCUACGAGCAUUUGAACCGCAAUCCCGGCCUCUACGACCAGCUCGUUCGACAAUCCAUGGAGUCCCCCAGCAACGACGACAAGGAGCAUAUCGAACGUGAUCUGCAUCGCACCUUUCCGGACAACAUCCACUUCAAGCCCGAAUCCGUGGACUCGGCCGCUAGCUCCGGUAGCAGCAAUCCGAGGCACGCUUCGGUCACGGUUGAGACUGAGAUGAUCCAAUCUUUGCGGCGCGUGUUGUAUGCAUUUGCCAUCCACAACACGCGGAUCGGAUACACCCAGUCACUGAACUUCAUCACGGGAAUGCUACUAUUGUUUCUCCCGGAAGAGAAGACCUUCUGGAUGUUGCACAUCAUCAGCUCUGUCUAUCUCCCCAGCACCCAUGAGAUCAGCCUCGAGGGCGCAAAUAUCGACCUGUGGAUUCUGAUGGUGCUACUCAAGGAAUCGGCACCUGGCAUUUACAACAAGAUUGCUGGAAGCGGACCUGGCAUGGGUAAUGGCAAGGUGCCUGCCCUCACUGUCAGCUCGCGCCUGCCAGACAUUACCCUUGGGUUGACGAAUUGGCUCAUGUCUGUAUUUAUCGGCACCUUGCCAUUGGAGACCACGCUCCGCGUCUGGGAUGUCUUCUUCUACGAAGGAUCCAAGACGUUCUUCCGGGUCUCGUUGGCUAUCUUUAAGUCAUGCGAGCAGGAUAUCAUGGCGGUGUCAGACCCGAUGGAAGUAUUCCAGGUUGUGCAGACCGUCCCCAAAAGGCUGCUCGAUGCAAAUUCGUUGCUCGAUGACUGCUUUGUCCGGCGGCAUCGGGUUGGACAGGGACGGAUCGAGGAACUCCGUGCGGCGCGACGGGCGGCUGUGCGACAGGAGAACAUGCGUCGCUCGCGCGCGAUGAACAUGGGUCAGCUUCAGGCCGCGACGGAUGACUGGGCGCAAGGACGCUCCCGGACUCCGACUCAUGGGAUUGAGCGCACUAUGAGCGGUCAAGCAGCCAGUUAUUAUAACACCGACCAGAGCUUUGGCGGCCCUCCGCCUCAGCAGCAGCAGCAGCAGCAGCCCAUCUACAACAAUGGAUACUCCCAGGGGGCAGAAUCGCAGCCCUACCAGGCUAACGACGGGGGGUAUCAGCGCGGCCCCGAGCCGAAGCCGCCGCAGGGACCACCGCCAACGUACAACCAAGCCGUGUACGGCUUCGACGAAGCCUUCAAGGUCGAGAAACCGAAGUGGAACGACCUCUGGGCCGGUCUCCUGCUCAUCGCCGUAUUCCUCGGCUAUGUCGCAGUGUCGGGGGUAGUGAUCUACCGCUACAGCAAAUACAAAGGGUACAACGGCGGAGGCAUCUACGACUCAGCCAAUGACUUCUCGCUAAACACCAACACGCUCAUCCUCCUGAUCUUCGUACUGUGCGUGGCGCUAGUCCUCUCGUACGCAUACUGGCUGGGGGCGCGCUACUUCCCGAAGCUCUUCAUCUGGGUAACAGGGAUCCUGAACAUCGUGUUUGCGCUAGCGACAGCCAUCUACUACCUGACGCAGCACCAAUGGGGCGGGGGCAUUGUGUUCCUGAUCUUCGGGGUGUUCGCGAUCAUCUGCUUCAUCAGCUGGAUCCCGCGCAUCCCGUUCACGGCUUUCAUGAUGCAGACGUCCAUCGACGUGUCGCGGCACUACGGACACAUGUUCCUGGUGAGCGCCGUCGGCGGGCUCCUAUCCGUGGCGCUGGGCGCCUGGUUCUCCGUCACGCUAGUCUCCAUCUACGUCGCGUACGAACCGGACGGACGCAGCGGAGCCACGAACCCCGCAUGUCGCGACGGCAGCGGCGGGUGCAGCACGGCGCGAGUGAUCGGGUUGGUGGUGUACGUGACGUUCGCGAUGUACUGGGUGAGCGAGUGGUUGAAGAACACGGUGCACACGACGAUCGCGGGGGUGUACGGGUCGUGGUACUUCUUCGGCGGCAAACCCAGCAGCAACGCAUCACCGGGUCUGCCGAAAGGCGCCACGCGGGGCGCGCUCCGACGCGCCACGACCUACUCCUUCGGCAGCAUCAGCUUCGGCAGCCUGAUCAUCGCGCUGAUCAACAUGCUGCGCCAAGCAUGCUCAGUGGCGCAGCGACAGGAAGCGGCGCAGGGAAGCGUGGUGGGCAGCAUCGCGUUCUGGGUGCUGGGGUGUCUGAUCUCGCUGCUGGACUGGCUGGUCACCUUCUUCAACCGCUACGCCUUCUGCCACAUCGCGCUGUACGGCAAAGCGUACCUCCCCGCCGCCCGCGAUACCUGGUCCAUGAUGAAGGACCGCGGCGUCGACGCCCUAGCGGCCGAUUGCCUGAUCGGCCCCGUCCUCACCAUGGGCUCUGUGUUCGUCAGCUACAUUUUCAUGACGCCGAUGAGCUCGGGGAUCGAGACGAUCUUCGCGGCUAUGGCGUGGGAUCCCCAGGUUAUGAUUGCUCAACAUCCCGAUUUGUGGCAUCGCUUGGUGCAGCUGUAUCCCCGUGUGCAGCAGGCGGUUCAUGCUUGA